GGCCCUGAUGCUGACCGAUGGCGCCAUCGUCUCUGUGGACCGCCACUUCCUUUCUGACAUGUCCAACAUGACCGUGCUGUCCCUGAGCCACAACGCUAUCACCACCCUCACCCACGACGCCUUCCAAAAUCUCACCAUCCUCCACACCCUCCUCCUGGACCACAACCACCUCUCCAGCCAGACCCUGGACAGGGCCACCUUCUCCUGGCUGCCCAGGUUGGAGAUCCUCCAGCUGGGGAACAAUGCCCUGAGGGAAGUCAAAGGCUCCUGGUUCCACGCCGCCAGGGCCCUGCGGACACUGCAGCUGGGGGGGAACCGCCUCACCAGGCUGGACGCCACUACCUUUGCCUCGGCCGACCUCCGGGCGCUGGAGACACUGGAUCUGUCCGAUAAUCUGAUAACAUAUCUGGGGAGGGAUAGCUUCCGGGGACUACCGGAGCUCCGUAGUCUGGAUCUGUCCAGGAAUCAGCUCCGAAACGCCCUGCCUGAAGCAUUUUCCUACCUGUCUUGGCUAACUAGUCUCAACCUGGAACUGAACAGGUGGAACUGUACGUGUGAGCUGAGGGAGCUGGCGUCUUUCCUCACCAGCUAUAUGGAGGCUCCGGAUAAGGUGCUGUUCAACGGGCGUAGGAUGGUCUGUGUGAGUGCUGACAACCCGGCAGUGAAGACGGUGCUGGAGCUGACGGAGGCCAACUGUGUUCCACCCAAUCAGAACAUCACAGUGCAGGUGGAGGCCAAGAACUCCGUCUCUCCUCAGCGCUACACCAGAGACCUGGCUCUGGCAGCUGCCUUCUGCUUCGCUGGUGGUGUUGGACUCACCCUAGCUGUGGUGUACAUAAUUUACCACAAACUGGAGACGAACAAGAGAGACCGGAAUGGAGCUAAGGAGGAGGAGAAUAGGAGGACAGCACCAACCCAAACAGUCCCUCACUGGGAUCCGAGCAGGGAGAACCAAGCCCUUCACCUGGCUCAAAUGGGACUGGAAACCAAGCUGAUGCUCCCCAAUAGCAACCAGCAAGGCAGCCACCUUCAGCCCUGGGAAAGGGAGAGAGCCAUGUAUGAUCUGAGGAUGGGUAAAGUCGGCCGCCAUUUUACACGCCCCCACUGUGGCCCUGCAGUCACUGGGUCUGCAGUGGAACAGGGGGGAGGAGAUGAACACAUGAACACCCUGGACAUGCUCAGGCAGGGAGGAGCCCAGCCCAAUAAGAUGGAGAGGCUGGCCAUGACAGAUGAGAGGAGGAGACAUAUGCCAACGCAAGCACUGAUCUCGAAGAUGGAAGGUAAGCAUGUUUUGGUGAAUAGUCUGGGUAUCCAUUUGACUAGAUGUUUAGGAGUCUCAUGGCUUGGGGGUAGAAGCUGUUUAGAAGCCUCUUGGACCUAGACUUGGCGCUCCGGUACCGCUUGCCUUGCGGUAGCAGGGAGAACAGUCUAUGAGUAGGGUGGAGUCUUUGACAAUUUUUAGUGCCUUCCUCUGACACCGCCUGGUAUAGAGGUCCCGGAUG